CGGCCCGCCCGCCGGCCCGCCGCUCUCGGUUUCCCCCGCGGAGCCGCCGCCGCCGCCGCCGCCGCUGCUCGCGAAGGUGCCGAACGCCGGGCCCUCCCAGCCGGCGCGGCCGUCACCGCCCGGAGCGGGUGCGCGGCGGGAGCGCGGGGAGACGGCCGCCGCCAGCAACGCCGCGCAGGAGCAGGAGGAGGAGAAAGGGUGCGCAGCCCGGAGGCGGGGUGCGCCGGUGGGGUGCAGCGGAAGAGGGGGUCCAGGGGGGAGAACUUCGUAGCAGUCAUCCUUUUUAGGAAAAGAGGGAAAAAAUAAAACCCUCCCCCACCACCUCCUCCCCACCCCUCGCCGCACCACACACAGCGCGGGCUCCCUGGCUCUGCACCGGCGGGCCGGGCGCGUCCUGCCUUCAUUUAUCAAGCAGCUUUUCGGAAAAUGCGUUUGCCGUUCGGAGUUUAAUCAGAAGAGGAUUCCUGCCCCAGUGCCCGGCGCGUCCCCGGGCCGCCGGUCCCUGUCUCUCCCCCCGGGGAGGCGUGAAGCGGUCCAGCGGACCAGGGGUCCAUGUCUGUGCCCGCGCGUGUGCGCGCGCGUGUAAAUUGCCGAGAGGGGGGAAAUCACAGGACUUAUGCAAAUACUGGAUUGAACAUUGUAAUUCCUCUGCCGCCACCGCUGCUCCCCACUUUUUUUUUUUUUUUCUCGUGCUCUUGAGCUCUCCGGCCGGGAUUCCUGCGGAUUGACGUUUCUGUGAAGGAGAGAAGUCUGCGGAUCGGUCCGCCGGGGCUCGUGUUUGACCGCUCCCCACGCGCCCCCAACUCCUGAUUCAUUUGGAAGUUUCGCAGCCGCUCGCGCCGGGGAGUUUGGAAGACCGAUGGGGUCUCUGCCUUACGCGUUUGUUGUGUUUUCACAAAAAGGGAAACUUGACAGAGGAUCAUGCUGCCCUUAGAAAAUACAAGGUCGUAGAGGAAGUAAACUGGUCUUGACAAUAAUUUAAUAACAAUGUGCCUCAUGAAAUAAAGACCCGAAAGGAAUUGAAAUAAAAAUUUCCUGCAUCUCAUGCCAAAAGGGAAACACCAGAAUCAAGUGUUCCGCGUGACUGAAGACACCCCCUCAUCCAAGAAUGCAAAGCACAUCCAAUAAAAUCGCUGGAUUAUAACUAUUCUUCUUUCUUUCGGGGCCGUGGGGCGGGAGCGGGGGCGAGAGGUGCUGCCGGUGCCCGGCUGCUGCUGCUGCUGCUGCUGCUGCUGCUGCUCGGCUGCUCCCGGGGGAGAAGGAUGGCGCACGCCGGGAGAACAGGGUACGACAACCGGGAGAUAGUGAUGAAGUACAUCCACUAUAAGCUGUCGCAGAGGGGCUACGAGUGGGAUGCCGGAGACGCGAGCGCCGCAGCCCCGGGGGCCAGCCCCGCGCCGGGCACCUUCUCCUCCCAGCCCGGGCGCACCCCCGCGCCCGCCAGGACCUCGCCGCCGCCGCCCCCCGCCGCCCCCGCCGCCGCGGGGCCCGCGCUCAGCCCGGUGCCCCCCGUGGUCCACCUGACCCUGCGCCAGGCCGGCGACGACUUCUCCCGCCGCUACCGCCGGGACUUCGCCGAGAUGUCCAGCCAGCUGCACCUGACCCCCUUCACCGCGAGGGGACGCUUUGCCACGGUGGUGGAGGAGCUCUUCAGGGAUGGGGUGAACUGGGGGAGGAUUGUGGCCUUCUUUGAAUUCGGUGGGGUCAUGUGUGUGGAGAGCGUCAACCGGGAGAUGUCGCCCCUGGUGGACAACAUCGCCCUGUGGAUGACAGAGUACCUGAACCGGCACCUGCACACCUGGAUCCAGGAUAACGGAGGCUGGGACGCCUUCGUGGAGCUGUACGGCCCCAACAUGCGGCCUCUCUUCGACUUCUCCUGGCUGUCCCUGAAGGCGCUGCUCAGCCUGGCCCUGGUGGGCGCCUGCAUCACGCUGGGGGCCUACCUGGGCCACAAGUGAAGCCGACGGGCCCGCCCCCGCAAACAGAUAUGCAAGAGGUUCACGAAAGCAGCAGAAAAACACAUGCAUCGUUAGUGACGGGCCACGACGCGGAGCUGUGGUCUGUUGGAAACAAGCUAGCAAACAAACAAACAACAAACACACACACAAAAAAAAACCCACAAAAACAGCUUUUCAGGCUCAGCAUCGAAUCAGCUAUUUACUGCCAAAGGAAAAUGCCGUUUAUUUUUUACAUUUUUUGAGGGAAAAAAAAGAUUUAUUUAUUUAAGACAAUCCCAUGACGCAGUCUAUCUUUGGAAACCCUACCUAGUUGCCAAGCCCCUCCGGUGUGGCCCCACCCAGACCUCCUGGACCUGGGACCGGGUCUGCUUUCCCUGCUGUUGGCCGGGCGGACUCACCCGCCAUCUGAAGCGCAAACAGACUGACGGAGGACAGGACUGUUCCAGAAGCCGGGCUUGUGGCUGCUGGAGGUUUGGGAGAGAAGGAGUUCAUUUGCCUUGCAUGUAUGUGCCCUGGGGGCUGUGAUAUUAACAGAGGGAGGUGCUUGGGGGGAAGUGCAUUCUUUCCCGGCUGGAAGAACCUGGACUUUGCAUAUGGCUCAUGUGGUACAUAGUCGGUUGGAAGAAAGGGGGGAAAAAAAACCCCGGGAACUUCAGAUGGACCUGGUAUCUGCCCAGAUAUCUACACCAGAGGACAGUGGGACAGGGAAAAUGCCCUUAAACCGUAGGAAAGUAUUUUUUUAAGCUACCGAUUGUGCCGAGAAGCAUUUCAGCAACUUAUACAAUAUCAUCCAGUACCUUAAGCCCUGAUGUGUAUACUCGUAUAUUUUGGCUACACUCCGCCUCCGAAAACUGGCUCUGUGCAUGAAACAGAAUCCCCUGGAAAUCGAGGAAGGGAACGGUCCGGUGACCCCUUCGGCAUCGGCAAGGCUAGAGGUCCCCAGAAGCAUCCGGCCGCCACAAGUGCCUGCUUUUUCUGCAAGAGGCCACGGACUGCAGUCCCGCCCCGCAGCCCCAAGGCCCCAUCCUGGAGCUGAGCCUGGGCACUCACGGGCCUGCUCGAGGGAUUUUAAACAGAGCAGUGUGGUCUCCCAGCGUCUGGAAGCUGACGGAGCCCAGAACCCCUCUGUCAAGAAAGACCAGGAGGGUCGGGCCCGGUACCCAGGGGCGCCCUCCAGAAAGGGCUUUUCACACGGAGCCUGGAAGCCAGCACCCUGAAGACGUUUGUCACUGGAGGGAAGAAAACCGAGGCACUGGGCCUUGCCUGGCAGAGGGAGGUGGCGAAGGUUGGGAGUGCGACCACCGAAAGGGAAGAAGAGCAAGGAGACACAGCAGCCUCUGUGCCGUGUGGCCGACGUCGUGCGUGCGCACCGGCUGCACGGCCACCCGCCUGUCUGCGUGAUUUCCAGCAGGGCUUUAAAUGACUUUGGAGAGGGUCAUAAAUCCUGAAGGAAGCGUGGAGAUGAGGUGUCACGGAUGGAUUGAUCUGUGUCUACGGAAUUACGAUGUAAAACAUUAGCCUAUCAUUGCAGUUUGGUUUUAUUUGAAAACCUGACAGAGAGGGGGGGUGGGGAAAAAGGUUCCAGGUGUGGAAUGUGAGGAUUAUCUGUACAUCCUGGGCAUUAAAAAAGAAAAAAAAAAAUAGUGGUGGACAAUUCUAGAGCAGUAGCAAAAGAAGUGAUCUUCAGCCAAUGAACUAGGAGAUGUUUUUUGGAGUUUAGAAAACCUCGAGACGCAUGGCAUAACUCUGGCAUUAUUGCAUUACAUACCAUUUAUCUGUGUGAACUUUGGAAUGUACCAACUUCAAUGUUUAAUGCUAUGGUUGAUAUUUUGAAAGCUGCUUUAAGAAAAAUACAUGCAUCUCAGCGUUUUGUUUUUAAAAAUUGUAUUUAGUUACAGCCUCUACAUUAUGUGUUAGCAAAUUUUUUUUCCACUUGACAUUAUUGCCUCUUCCUUUCUAAGCAGAUGAGAUAAGCCCUGGGUGUGAGCUACCUGAGAAACCCGGGAGCCUGCUGGCCACGGAGGCUCUUGGUUUCAGCCAAGUUCCACGCAGGUCCAAGCCGCCGCCAUUGUUUAUGGUGACGGGCAGACCUGCGUGUCUCCGUGCCCUUGUUCCUUGAGGGUCACUUGGUCCCUGGGCAGAAUCUAACCCGCAUUAUUUUGGACUGCAUACGUGUUUGGUUAAACCCACUAGGUUCAUUCCGUCGGAGAUCCAGAUGGGAGGGGACCGGAGGAUUAAAUUCCGGCUGCGAGGGUUUCGCCUUGCAGGCGUUGCCGCACAUGCCCGUUUCCACCCAGCCUCGGACUCCCCCGGAGCCCCCCGCCGUCCUCCCGCAGGGCCCUGGCCCUGGCCCUGGCCCUGGCCGUCCUUCAGGUUUUUCCUGAAACACAGUGGCAUUUACACCCCUCAUGGAGAAAGCAGGAAGCCCCACGGAGGAAGCCAGGCCCGCCCCCCACGGGCCUCAGGGAAUGGGACGAUCAGACCUUGGAAUGAUUCUAGUUUUUAAGAGAGAGAUUAUUUUAUGAAAGGUUUACAUGGUCAGACGUGGUGGGAAUGGAGCAUCAAACCCCGUGCUGCUAUCCUAGCAAGAUCACCCCGUGGAGUCCAGGUGCAGGCCGCUCCAGGUGACAGCAGCCUCCACGCUGCUUUAGAAGUGCCAGUGAGGAACGUGGGCGUUUCUCAUACAGAGCUUGUCUUUUAUUGUUGUUAUUGUUAUUGUUCCAACUGGGAUUUGAAGAAUAUGCAAAAAUGUAUAUAUAUUAAAAGAAAAAACUCGCAGGGGUUGAUUUCUGGCUGGUUUCCUUUUGCCGUGGGGUUUUCUUACCUGGUUUGAAUGGUAAAGGCGCCCCACGGCCUGCCCCAGACCUGUACAGUAUUGUGGCUGCACUCACUCGGAGAGUAGUUACAUUGCAUUUUUCUUCUUGUUAAAAAAACAUGCUAGAAGCAAUGAAUGUAUAUAAACGCCUCAACUAGUCAUUUUCUCUCUCUCCUCCUUUUUCUCAUCGUCUCCAUUAUUUUGCGAUCAGACAACCAGAGAACCAUUCCUCCUUGUGUCUGGUUGAGAAGGGAGUCACACCUGAACGCGUGGUGCGUAUGUGGGCCAAGGUCAGGGUUAGACAGAACACGUGCACUUUCCAAAUGGGGGUCAAGGGCUUUAGAAAGAACCACGAGGAGGAAAUCAUCCAGGAGCCUCCUCGCCCUCCCAAGCCCUCCCUGCACAAGCACUCCGAAAAGAGAUCAACACAGCCAACAUGCCCCACAGCAAAUGGUCCCUCUGUUUUCACAGUGGCUGCGGAUUCUGGUACAUGUAAGAUUUGGAUGAAAGCAGCUUUCACUAGUUCGUACAGACAAGAAAACAUCCUCUGCCCGAGCCCGCUUAUCCCUGCUGCUUCAGCCCUGGCCCACCGUUUGGCCGUGACCUGGAGUUCAUUAGUAAACAUUUAUUGCUUAUCAUUGCAAGACCUCGUCCUGGUCCAGCGUGGGAAAUUAGGAAGUGAGUAUAAAUCAAGGAGAGUUAGAAUAACCGGGAUGAAACAUAAAUAAGGCCACCCCAACACACAUCUGCCUUUCAUGUUAAGGAUUGACUGAUCAAACAGGAUUGCACAUAGCCUGCCUCGUAAUGAAACUUACGCUGAAAUGACCAAUUUAGCAAUGGGAGCCUAAAUUCGGAUUUCAAUUGUACUUUUAAGGCAGCGGCUGUUUUUAUACUUUCUUAUCACUUAUAGGUAGUAACUCGCACCUGCUCUAUCGGAACGGAACAGGAAGGGCUGGAAAUGUGAGCCAUUCCGAGGAAGUUAGGGGGUCAGCUGAAAUUCUAUUCUGAUCUUACUCCAUGGUGUCUUUUGCUGCCCAGACAAAUGUGGCUGCACACUUUUUAAGAAAUACAAUUCCACAUUGUCAGGCUUAUGAAGGUUCCAACCAGAUCUUUAUUAUUCUUCAAUUUGGAUCUCCCAGGGAAUUUUGUUUUUCUUAUAAUGAAUGGGACAAAGGGCAUUUGUUGCAGAGGUGGGAGGGAGGAAUCUUCCAAUGAGCAAACAUCCCCAAGAGUGACUGGACCAGGGUAUGGAGGUUUCAGAACAGCCAGGACUGUGGGGCAUAAAAGGAAAGCCAUUGUGACUUUUCCUAGGGGUCAGUGUCACCCCUCCAUGAAGGACCUUGUGCAACAAGCAAGAAACAUUUUAUUUUUUAAUCCUCACCCGAGGAUAUGUUUAUUGAUUUGAGAGAGAGAGAGAGAGAUUGAUUAGUUGCCUCCAGUAUGUACCCCAACUGAGGAUUGAACCCACAACCUAGGUGUGUGCCCUGACUGGGAAUCGAACCUGGAAACUUUCUGGUGUACAGGAUGAUGCUCCAACCAACUGAGCCACCUGGCCAGGGCACAAGCAAGAAAUGUUUCACAGCUCUGCCUAUGUCUAGAUUCUAGAGAAGUUAAAACAACUGAAAAUCCAGCUCUUUAGGGCAGUGCAGGUGGACCAAAACUCUUUGAAACAUUUGCCAGCAAGGGUAUAUUAUUUCCAACCUGGACAUGUCUACUGGCUACUUAAACAAUAAAUUUUCCGUUUUAACCAACAGGAUAUUUUAUAAAAACCCUCUGGCUGAUAGGGAUAUCUGUUUCUAAAUGUCAUGCACAACACAGAAAGAAAAUAAAGCAAUGGGAAACUCAGUUGGAUAAGUGAUAAUGCAAGCCCUUUGUCCUUACCCCAAGAAUCAUUCUGUUCCGUGUCUGUGUCCAUAGGACAGACUUUGGACAACUGUGAUGUAAGCAUCCCACUGGUCACGAAGAAAACCAGGUGGAAUGUGAACGGCAUUGCACCAAUUCAUCAUGAUGGCUCCAGAAAAAUAAAGCCACAAUCCUAUUGAUGCCAAGUUUGCCUUGUGUACCAGUGUAAGGCCAGCAGACAAAAACACUUUGCAAGAAGGAAAGGCUUACUUGGAAGAUCUUGGGACUCUUCCCGAAUAUGACUGUGAUGCAGACACUUGGUAAUGCCACAUCCCUAAACCUUUUGGGGACUCGGCAGUGGGUCUUCCGGGCUCACUCAUUUUGUUAGGUUUUUCCCUCCAGGGUUAUUAUUUGAAGGAGUGAUAGCCAAUCAAGUUUCUUUCUGGGACGUAUUGGUGGUUGUGUUUAUUAUACUGUCUUCUUAAGUUUUCAACCAAGUUUUGCUUUUGUUUUGAGUUAUGAGAUUAUUUUUUGUUUGAAAUAAAAAUAAGUGUAUAAAAA